AUGGAGUCUCCACAAUCUGUGGCAUCAACCUUGGAUGGUAUCCAUUUGAAUGACAGUGUUGAAAACAGAACAAAGAAACCUGUCAUGCCGUCUAAUUCAGACAGUUUCGUCGGCUUGCUUGAGGUUUUUAUUCACCAAGCUAGGGACAUCCACAACAUCUGCAUCUAUCAUAAGCAAGAUGUGUAUGCUAAGCUUUGUCUCACAAGCGAUCCUGAGAGCUCUUUAUCCACCAAGAUCAUCAACGGUGGAGGGAGGAACCCUGUCUUCGACGAUACUCUUCGGUUCGAUGUGAAGACUCUCGAUUGUUCGCUCAAGUGUGAGAUAUAUAUGAUGAGUAGGGUGAAGAAUUAUCUUGAGGAUCAGCUACUUGGAUUCACUCUUGUACCUUUGUCUCAAGUGAUUGUGAGGAGCGGGAAACUGGAGAAAGAGUUCUCUCUUUCUUCAACCGAUUUGUAUCACUCUCCUGCAGGUUUUGUUGAGUUGUCUCUCUCGUACGCAGGAGAUUCGCCUGAGUUGAUGCACAUUCCUGCUGCGGUUCCAAUAGUGGAUCAUGAGACAGAGUUGGCUUCUAUUGAGUUUGAUGAGAGUGACUUUUUGGAUCCAAAGAUCGUCUGUGAAAACAAUCAAAUGGUGUCCAAGUAUUUGGCCGAUUCUGAUGAACUUGUAAGCUCUGAAGCCGGCUUUGUGGAAGUAAACAGCGUCCAGUCUGCAGCUGUUGAAGAAGAAGCUCCAAAGAAUACUGUCUCAACGAAUGAAGUCUCUUCUCCAUCUAUUGCAGUUAGCUCUGGUUCCUCGGACACUCAUGUUGAUUCAAAGCUAUCAAACAACUCAGGUUCAGAUGAAGAAGCAAAGAAGCCGAAAGAUAUCAAGACAGAUAAGAAGGAUGAUGAUGAAGCUGUUGUGAAAUCUGUUCUGACAGUGAACAUUGAACAACCAGAGCAAAAGGUGGUGCAGCAAGAUAUCAUUGACAUGUACACAAAAAGCUUGCAGCAAUUCACUGAAUCGCUAGCUAAGAUGAAACUCCCUUUGGACAUCGACAGCCCGACUCAAUCAGAGAACUCGAGCUCCUCCCAGCAGACGCCAAAGAGCGCAGGCUCUCGUGUUUUCUAUGGCAGUAGAGCCUUCUUCUGA